GUCGUCGUUGUUGCAUGCAUACAUAUGUCUGUAUAUAUGUAUGUACAUCACGCCCGCUACACUAAUGCUAAGAGAGUGAAAACCCACAGCAAUAACAUAUACAUAUACACAUUCCCAAAUAGAAAGUGGAUCUACUAGAAUGCAGUUUAAUCAAAGCGUGCAGGGCGCCUCCAGCUCUCAAAGCGGCGGUAGUUCACUUAACUACAGCAGUGAUAUAAAUGCCAUUAGCGUCGAACUUCCUGAGCCAGAUGAUUAUCAAUCAGUUAACGGAUUAAAGUAUCUGCCUGCCUGGCCACAGGUUAACCUGGAGUUUUCCGGCCUUAUCUACGAAGUGCCUGAUCACGGAAAUGCCCACAAAACCAAGCAAAUUUUACGCAACAUUAAUGGCGAAUUCCGCUCUCACGAGCUAACCGCAAUUAUGGGGCCUUCCGGAGCAGGAAAAACAACACUAUUAAAUGCACUGGCAGGAUUUGGAGCUGUCAGUUUAUCUGGUGAGAUUCUGGUCAAUAACAGUCCGCGCGACAUGCGAAUCUUUCGCAAGAUGUCUCGGUACAUUAUGCAGACAGAUGUUCUCGACCCGAAAUUUACUGUAAGAGAGAUGAUGCUUUUAGCGGCAAACUUAAAACUGGGAAAUGAAUUAAAAUUAGCCCAAAAACUUGAAGUGAUUGAUGAAAUCUUGGGUAUGUUGCGUUUAGCACGCGCCCAAAACACGAAGACUGAAAAAAUUUCUGGCGGAGAGCGCAAACGGCUUUCGAUCGCGCUAGAAUUGGUGAACAACCCGCCUGUAAUUUUUCUAGAUGAGCCAACAACUGGCCUGGACGAUCUAUCCAGCUCGCAAUGCAUAGCGCUUCUCAAAAUGUUAGCAGCCGGCGGUCGGACUGUCAUCUGCUCCAUACAUACGCCGUCCGCCAAGAUUUUUGAAAUGUUCGACAAGGUGUACGUACUCGCUGAGGGUCAGUGCAUCUACCAAGGAAGUGGAGCCAACAUUGUUCCAUACAUGAACCAUCUAGGGCUGUACUGUCCGCUAACAUACAAUCCGGCUGACUUUAUAAUUGAAGUGGCGUGCCACGAGUACGGUAACAAUUACCACGAUCGCAUGGUGGAAGCCGUGUGCAAUGGCCGAGUCGUACGAUGGAUGCCACCAGGGGAAAAUGGCAAAGAAACACCAACAAAAUCGGAUACAACUUCGGGUGCCUCCUCAUACUAUGAAAUAGAUCAGUUUGAGGAGGAAAUUAAUCCAAAGUUACUAACAUCCAAGUCCACCUGGUGGAUGCAGUACAAAUUGCUGCUCAACCGCAUAAUGCUGCAGAUGUGGCGAGACAAUUCGUACAUCAAACUGAAAUUUUACAUGAAUAUAAUUCUGGCUUUAAUCGUUGGCGGCAUUUAUACGGGAGUGGGAAGUCAAGCUUCAAAGGCUCUGUUUAACUUUGGCUUUAUGUUCACCAUUGUCAUAGCCUAUUUGUAUCUGCCCAUGAUGCCGGUCUUGUUGCAAUUUCCCACCGAAAUCAAACUUCUAAAGCGUGAAUAUUUCAAUCAGUGGUACCGAUUAAGCUCUUACUAUGCCGCCAUGAUUUCUGCCAAAUUGCCUCUGAUGUUCGUCUUGGCAGUCAUUUAUUUGGCAAUUGUGUACUUAAUGUCCAGCCAGCCGCUUGAAUGGUUUCGAUUCGCCAUGCUCUUUACCAUUGCAUUUCUAACGGCUCUCACCUCAGACAGUUUUGGCCUACUGAUAUCCAGUAGGCUUAGUUUGGUGAAUGGCAUGUUCAUGGGACCAGUUCUUGCCGUUCCCCUUAUUUUACUUUCCAUAUACGGCAUGGGCUAUGGUAAGGAUACCUACAUCUCGCCCCUCAUGCGGUUUCUGAUGUCGCUCAGCUUUCUACGCCAUGGUCUAGAAGGCCUAGUCGCUGCUCUAUAUGACUAUGGCAGGGGCGAUACAAUUUGUGAAGCCGAAGUUUUUUGUAUGUUUAAGAAGUCGCAAUUUUUAUUGAUAUUUCUUGGAUUUGAGAACAUCAACUAUUUUUGGUCCGUGAGCUGUUUACUUGGAUUCUAUGUGAUCUUCACAGUUGCCGCAUAUAUUAUGCUACGCCAGAGGUUAAAAAAAUCGGCAGCAAAUCCGAUGGUUACAUAUGUCUUGCGGCUUCUGACAGAACAUUUUAAUUUCACCUCGUAUAAUUAUUAGAUAUAGCUUUGGGGAACAACUUUACAUGCAAUAUGUUUAUGUUUCAGCCAUUUUUUUUAAAUUAGUAUAUAGAUAUUCAUAUAAAUUGAACAAAGUAGAGCUUGUGAUUAGAUUUAAGCGGCCUCCAGAUGGUCAAAUUCGAAUUUGAAUACUUCGUGCCAAUGAAAUGUUUUUAUUUUUAUGUUUUAUUUUACAGCACAUAUAUGUUUAUUAUGUACAACAGUCGAGGUACGUUUUGCGAAUGUAUA